AUGUCGUGGUCUCUUGCAGCAGCAGCUCUCCCGAUCCUCUCGCUGCUCGUCGCGUGCGCGCGCGGCGCCGACGACUACACGGCGUUCGUGUACGCCGGGUGCUCGCAGGCGCGGUACGACGCCGGGACGCAGUACGCGGCGGACGUGGGCACCGUGCUCUCGGCCCUCAGCGACGGCGCCAGCUCCAGCACCUAUGCAACCUACAAACCACCGUCCGGCGCCGCGACCGGCCUGGUCGGCCUCUACCAGUGCCGCUCGGACCUCCCCACCGCCGUCUGCGGCGUGUGCGUGAAGGCGUCCGUCUCCAAGCUCUCCUCCCUCUGCAACUCGGCCGUCGGCGGCGCGGUGCAGCUGCGCGCGUGCUUCCUCCGCUACGGGAAUGACUCGUUCGUCGGGAAGCAGGACACGACGGUGCUGUUCAAGAAGUGCGGCGGCGAGAGCGACGGCGCAGACGCCGGCGUCGCGGCGCUGCGCGAUGGGGCGCUCGGCGCGCUCCCGGCCGCUUCGUCCCCGGCCGGCGAGGGCUCGUUCCGCGCCGGGGCGUCUGGGUACGUGCAGGCCAUGUCGCAGUGCGUGGGAGACCUCGAUGACAAGGCGUGCACCGACUGCGUCUCCGCCGCGGCCGGGCAGCUCAAGGUCGGCUGCAACAACGCCCCCGCCGGAGAGGUCUACCUUGGCAAGUGCUACGCGCGCUUCUGGUCAAAUGCAGGCACCGGCGGCGCCCCCGGUGGAGGUGCCAGUGGCGUCAUCGGCGGCAACGGAGGCAUCGUGGGUGACGGCGGCGGCGCCGUCCCAGGCACAAGCGGAUAUGGGUUUGUGCCUCGUACCUACAACGACGUCCAAGGUAAGCAUCAUGGAUCUGACAAGAAUAUCGCCAUCAUCAUCGGCAUUGUGGCGGCUAUCGCCAUUGUGGUCGUCUUCGCCGUUUUUCUCAGAAGAUCUCGCGCAGCCAAUGGCAAAAGCUAA